UCCAAGACAUUUGGAGUGUCUUGGAUCUGUUGCUGGGGGAGGAGCAGGAAUGCAGUGUGAGGAUUAAAGGAUUGGUUUGUUUCACAGUCCCUGUCUGUCUUCCUUUGACUACAGCAUCUGGAAUGAGUCCUAUUAAAGUGAGCCUUCUCUUGGUUUUACAUCAUGGUGUUCUCCUCCUUCUAACACGAUGCUGUGAAGGUCAGUCUCACAUGGUUGGUCCAACUCAGCCAGUAGUGGCAAUGAUGGGUGAUGAUAUCAUUUUGCCAUGCCACCUGGAACCUGCUGUGGAUGCUGGUGAACUGACUGUGGAAUGGUCCAGACAGGACCUCACACCUAGAUUUGUCUAUAAGAGCGAAGAAGGAGUGGAGCUGCUGACUGAGCAGAAUUUAUUGUACACAACAAGAACAUCACUCUCUGUCAGCAAACUGCAGUGUGGAGACAUUUCACUGAAACUCUCCACAGUGAAACUCUCAGAUGCAGGAACAUACAAGUGCCUUGUACCCACAUAUGGUGCAGAAUCUGUGGUUCAGCUAGCUGUAGGUUCUGUUUCCUCACCACUCAUUGAACUCUCCACAGUCAAAAAUAAAGUUGUGUUAGAGUGUGAAUCUAAUGGCUGGUAUCCAGAGCCUCAGCUGCUGUGGCUGAACAGUGAGGGCAAACUCAUUUCUGCUGAACCUACAAAGACUGUCAGAGGUUCUGAUGGUCUCUAUACUGUCAGCAGCAAAGUGUCUGUGGAGAAAGGACACAGCUACAGCUUCACCUGCAGAGUCCAACAGAAGAAUAUCAGCCAAAUCAAAGAGGCGCACAUCCAUGUUUCAGACAAUCUCUUUAUGGUCCAGUCUAACACUGCUGCUCGCAUUAUCGUCAACUUGGUUGUCUGUUUAAUAUCAGUUAGCACGAUAACUUCAGUAUUAUUCACAAUCAGGAAGACGGAACAAAAGAAAACUGAAACCAUAAGUCAUGAAAAUGAAGUAAAUGAAAGUGAGAUGAGGAUGAAGGAGCAAUCACUGAGAGACGCUGAGGAAAAGAAAAGACUUGGUGAUGAGUUUCAGAACCACGAGGAGCAUUUGAAACAUGUCCAGCAGAUUAUUACAAAACUGAUGGAGCAGAAGAAACAUCUGAAGGACCAGAGAGACAAACUCAGCUCACUACUGCAGGAGGACAAAGCAGAGAUGAUAGCGAUUAAGAAGGACAUGGAGAAUGUUGGAAUACUGGACAAAUUCACAGACAAACAAAAUAAGCUUGAAAAAUCGCAAGAUGAUUUGAAUGUGAGAAUGAAAGAACAUGAAAAACUGUUCGAGAUUACAGACAAACUAAUGGAGGCAACAGAGUACGACAUACUCAAAAUGACAGAAAGGAAGGUAAAGCUAGAAAAGGACAAGGAAAAAAUCCAUGAACAGUUGAAGAAACUGGAAAAGAAGAAAAAACAAGCUGAGUUGAACCUCUCAGAAGAGGGAAACAAUGAAGUAGUGUCUAUAGAGACACCAUGAUUUUUUUAUUUCUUUGAUCUGUUGCUAAAUUCAUGAUGUUUACCAAAUUGAAAAAAAAAAGAGAAAGAAAAGUUUAAGUUCCCAGUUUUCCUAAAUCUUUCCCUUCCUCAGGGAAGGGCAGAGUAUCACAUAACAAAUGCAACAUGGGUUUAGCUGUGCUCCCCCCCCCUUGUUUCUGUCAUUAUUUUUGCUGUGUGCUGCCAAAUAUUUCUUCAUUUAUUUUUUAGUUUCUGAUCCUUUUAAUCUUUUGAAUUGUGUUUAUGUCUAAGUAAAAAUUAUACUGUGAGAGAUGAAAUAUAUUCUAUCUGUAUAUUAUCUGUAUAUUAA